AGGGGCAUGAGCGUUGGUGGGAGCUAGUGAUAUGAUCAAAGGGCAAUGUUCAAGUUGGUUUGUUGAUGUUCCUUGGUUCAAGUUGGCUGCCAAUAUCUGUUUUUUUUUUAAAGAUGUAUACCAAUGAACAUUUUUUGUUUCACUUGGAAAAACCUCAUCCAUUUUCAAGGCUUUGUGUUAUAUAUAUUGCUACGUUUACAUGAUUUGAAAGAUCAUAGCAGCUCAAUGCUCAAGUUGGGUUAAAUAGUAAUUUUGAAAGUAGGUAGAUUUUUGUGAGAAUUAAUUAUUAUAAAAGGACUUAAAGUCAAUAUUUGCUUCUUGGUGAUCGCAAACCCCGGUUUAAAUAGUACUCGUUCAAAUUGCAAAACCACAAUUAUCUCGUUCACCGUCGGUCCGUCGCCACUCGCCGUCACCCACCGCCACACCAUCAGCAUAGUUUAACUUCGCUGUCUCCACUGAAGCGCCGUCUUUAGGUCGUGUCCAGACAUUUAUCAUCAUCACCUUGCCACGUUCACCACGUGUUCGAUGUAAUGCCUCCAAAGUUUUCAUGCAUUCUCUCUGGACUUGUUCUUAGAUAUUGACUGUUUGGCGAUUCUUGACUUUGAAACGAUAAUGGACGAGGGACGUCAAAAGGACUUGCAGUUGUUGGAGGAAAUCAUCGAUAAAGGUCUUAAACAGAAGCUUCUACAAACGAUUGCUUCACGGGACAAGAUUUUUGAAGAGCAGAAAGAACUCUCUGACUUGCGGAAAAACAUAGAAACUCUGGAGAAAAAUGGUGUAAAUAGUCUCAAAACUAUGGUCAACCUCGGUUCAGAAGUUUACAUGCAAGCUGAAGUGCCAGAUACAAGACACAUAUUCAUGGAUGUAGGGCUUGGUUUCUAUGUGGAGUUCACCCGGCAAGAAGCUCUUGACUAUAUUCCAAAAAGGGAGGAACUAGUUAAAAAGUAUGACAACGCCUUGCUUUUUCUUUGCUCCACAUGGUGUUUUUCUGAAUUUAUGUUUGCCGUCUCUUCAAGACUUGGGCUGUUCUAUACACAACCUUGUCGCAUUGGUGUUAUCAUACCUGUGAGACAAUUAGAAGAGGUAACUAAAGUCAUUGCACAGAUCAAAGGGCGUAUCAAGCUGGCUCAUCACCAGAUUCAGCAAAUACUCAAUCUUCCCGACGAGAAUCCAUCGUCACACCGGCAACGUGCGUUUCAGUACUAACCAUGAGAGAAAGAUACGUUAAUGAGGAUUACUACUGCCCUGUCCAUUGGUUAUGCAAGGCCCUGCGCUGUCUUUCUUUAAAUUUCUAAGUUUAAGCGUGUGGAAAAGGAGAAUUAUCGUCAGUGUAAUACUAACAACUCUCCUCUUCACUAGACGGAUUUUGUUAGACAGACAUUAAUCUAAGAUUCUCAAAAUGACUAUGGGUAAUCCCUAUUGUUAGAUGAGGCA